GUUACUUCCCUUUAUUUAUUGAUCAUUACGAUAAUACCUGCGUAAAUAGAUGACAUCUAAACAUAUGUGGCUUUUAUUUUAGGUUUAUCACAUUCAUCUAGUCAUUCUCUCGGAAAGAGAUAUUUUGAUAUAUUAACAAUUCUUAUACUUUUAAUACAAAUUCAAAUAAAUUCAAAGUGAAAGUAGAAGCUCUUCAAAGGAGGAUUUCGUUACAGUCAUUCUGUUUCUUCCGGUUGUCAAAAGCGUGAGGAUUUACACAUUUUAAAGAUGAGUGUUACUGAAUUGAAAGAAGAUGGAAAUGCCAAGUUUAAAGCAGGGAAUUAUGAAGAGGCACUCUCGGUAUACACAGAUGCCCUCCACUUUGGGGAUAUAAAAGACACUGACAAAGCUGUCAUUUAUAAAAACCGUUCCAUGUGUAACCUGAAGCUUGAGAAAUAUAAAGAAGCAAUUGAUGAUGCAUCUGAAUCUCUAGAAAUUUGCCCGAAUGAUCCAAAGGCUCUGUAUAGAAGAUGUUUAGCUUACGAGAAAUUGGGGCAUCUAGAAGAGGCAUACAAAGAUGCAGCUUUCAUGUUAAAAAUAGACCCGAAAAAUGAUGCAAUCAAACCAGUCCUGAAGAGGCUUACACCUGUAAUGAAAGAAAGGGCUAAGAUGCAAGCCAGCACAGAGAACAAAGUAACACAAAUGUUUGAUGUAUUGUUUGAUGUCAAUGCUGAUAAUGAAAAGAGAUUGCAGGCUGGAAAUAAUUUAGUUGUUCUUGCACGAGAGAGUGGAGGAGGUGAGAUUAUCGUGCGACAUGACGGAAUAAAAAGACUGAAAGAGUUUCUCAUGAAUGAGAAGAACCCAGAUUUCCUGCAAGCUGGCAUCCGAGCAUUAUCAUGUCUAACAAAUGAGAACAGACCAAGGAGUGAAAUGGUGUAUCAUGAAAUUGGUGUGGUUAGAUUAGGUCAGUUAAUGGCGAUGCCUGUUGAUGGAUUGUCAACAUCAGUGGCCCUACUUCUCCACCAUAUGAUGCUGUCUAUCACAGAAUAUAGCGUCUUCAAGGGUAAAAUGGAUGCCUAUGAUGAUAAAAGGCGUCAGGGUGAUCCUUGUAUACGACCCAAAUGGGAGAUUGAUGAGUAUCAGCAGAAGUUUUUGGAUGAAGUUUUCCAUGGCCUUAUCAAAAUGUUGCAGCAUAUAAAGGUAUCAGCAUGCGGCAGGGAUGCUUCAAUGGAACUUAUGUUAAAAACUGUGACCAGAAAAACGGGUGUUUGGUGGACGAGAAGAUUUAUAGAAUCUAAUGGUGGUGUUGAAGGAUUACUCCUGAUAGCAGGAUCAGUAAAGCAACAUGAAUCUCUACCAGUAACAGAUCAAUCCAGGAUGCAUGCAUCAUUACUACUCACAAAAAUAUGGGAGGAUCUGAUUGGAGACAAGGAAAACGAUAUAUUUAAAGAGAAAGUGAACGGGUUUUUCCAGGAAUUAUUUUCAACAGAAGAUUUGGACUCGAAGGUGGAGGCUGUAAGAGCCAUCUCUAUGCUACUGCAGGGACCAUUUGAGAUCGGCAAUAUGAUCCUCGGAUUUGAGGGGGUUAAUGGUAUCAUGUUAGCUUUAGCGCAGAGUGACCGUGCAAUUCAUCAGCAAAUAGCAGUGGAAGCUAUUGUGCACUCAGCAUCAAAGAAAGACCGAUGUACCGGACUUCUCACAGAAGCUGUUCCGGUUUUGAAGCAUUUAUAUCAUAAUGGAAAUAAUGAUAACAUCAAAGUUCGAGCAUUAGUGGGUCUGUGUAAACUGGGAUCAUUUCAAGGAUCAGAUGCAACCACACGACCUAUGGCAGAAGGUUCCACUAUAACAUUAGCUAAAGCUUGUAGAAAAUUUUUAACUAACCCAGCUGGAGAUAUUCAGAUGAAACAAUGGGCGACAGAAGGUCUUGCAUAUCUUACACUGGAUGCUGACGUUAAAGAAGAAGUUGUCAAUGAUCCUAAGGCGCUAGCAGCUAUUAUACAGGCUGCCAAGAAUCCAAGCCAGAGUUUGGUAUAUGCUGCAGCAACAUUGUUUGUUAAUCUGACUAACAGUUUUGACAAGCAAGAAAUGUCCCCUGAGAUGGUUGAACUUGCCAAAUAUGCCAAACAACAUGUACCAGAAGAACAUGCCAAGGAUAAAGAGGAGUUUGUUACAGAAAGGAUACGUAAAUUAGUGGAGGCAGGCAUGAUAGGAUGUUUGUUAUCAUUGUUUAAUACAGAAAGUAACAACACGAGGGAACAAGUCUCAAGGGUAUUUAUAACAGUUGCCAAUAAUGAAGCAUACAGGGGUCAGAUAGUACAAGCUGGUGGUGUCAAGGUUUUAUUGAGUCUUGCAUUAGAGAAGAACACAGAUCUAGGAAAGCAGGUUGCAGCUCAAACCUUGGCCAAACUUGCCAUUACACAAGAUCCAAACAUAACAUUCACCGGACAGAGAAUGUACGAAGUUGUUCGCCCACUGAUAUCAUUAUUGGAUGUAGAAAGGACUGGUCUACAAAACUUUGAGGCACUUAUGGCACUGACUAAUCUGUCUUCCAUCAGUGAUUCAGUGAGACAGAGAAUAGUGUCUGAGAAAGGUGUUCCUAAGAUAGAGUAUUAUAUGUUUGAAGAUCAUGAUCUCAUACAAAGAGCUUCUAUUGAAUGUAUGUGUAAUAUGGUGAUGAAUGAAAAUGUAGCUAAAUCGUAUGAUAAAGAGAAUGACAAAGUGAAGUUUAUGGUGUUAAAGUGUGCUGAUGAAGAUGACAAAUGUGUGCGUGCUGCAUCAGGUGCCCUGGCUAUACUUACAGCAGACAGCGAGAUUGUGUGUAAAAAAAUACUACAGGUAAACAAAUGGGAUGAGCUUUUAAUGGCGGUGAUAGUGAAUGAGUCACCAGAAAUUCAGCACCGUGGCUGUUACAUCAUCAGAAAUAUGGUACAGACUAGUAAAGAAAUAGCAGAGACAGUUCUGGAAGGCCAGGUGUUGGAUGUUUUGAUGGCAGUAUCUGUGUUGGAGGCACCAGAUCGUCAGCCAGCCAGGAAAUGUUGUAAGGAAACAUUACAACUGGCAGAAGAAUACAAGAUUAUCCAGGAGAAUCCAAAUAAGUGAUAAAAAACUUGUGUAAACUCAUAACAGAGUUGUGUAAACUCAUAACAGAGUUGUGUAAACUCAUAACAGUGUUGUGUACUCAUAGCAGAGUUACCUACCCUUUUAGUGUGCCAAAUGGAUAAAUCCCAGCUUGAGAAAUGUUUUAUCCUGGAGAAAGGAAAUCUAAUAUUUAAAAGCAGCAUGCUGUAAAGAUAUUGGAGGUGUUUAAUAGACUACAUGAUACCAAUUUUAGCACAGAUUCUGUGGAGAAAAAUAACUGACAAUUUUUAGGUGUAUGGUUACUUCAAAAGUUAUCUACAUUGAAAAAUGAAAACAGAAAAAGUGGUUUAACUAGUUACAUUACUGUAACAAGCAGUUUUUAGUUUGUCUAAAAUAGUUGAAAUUUUUGGGGUAAAAUUGAAAAAUUACCUACAACAAGAAUGGCAGUUUCUGGCAUACAUAUCAAAUUUUUAUUGGUCUACCAUGACACUACACUUGAGUGUUUUCUUUCCUAUGAUCUGAUUUCGACUUUUAUUUUCUUUUUUGUGAGUUUAUUUGUUAUUUAUAGUCAUGACAAAGAUGGACAGCUAUUAUUUAAAUCAUAUUCAUUUACAUAGAAAUAACAACAUUAGUCUGCCAUAAAUGCAUCAAAAACUAUGGUUAGCUGAAAUUCAUUGAAAUCAUUUUAUCAUUAUAUAAUUGGUGCUAAAUACAUUUUCAUUGUUUUGUCCUCAACAUAGUUUGUCUUUGGAAAGAUUGAAACAAUUCCUAAAUAUACUUGGCAAUGAUCGUAGGAGGUAACUAAAUGGGUUACAAAAACUUUAGUCAUCUUUAUGCAUCUCUUAGCUCCAGCAGGUGAGAUGCUGCUUUAAUGUUGCAACAGUCCAAGGUUAGUCAAAGUCAUCUUACCUGUUUCUGUGCCUUAUGACCUACAGUAUGCUUUGUGUGGUGUGCCUUAAAAGUAACAAACUUGGUAAUGAUACAGGUGUACAAUGUAUAGAACUAUAGUCUUAAAUUUCUUUUCUGAAAAAAUAAAGCCGGAAAAUAUACAUUGUUGAUCACAGUUUCAGUCUGUAUCUGUAGACAAAAUAUUAUGUCAUGUCAUUUGAUCACAUCAGCAUUUCUUUGUACAGUAGUUGUCUAGUUAUGAAUAAUGUUUGCCUACAAUAUGCCAAUUUGCUUUUUUUAAUAUUUAUUGUAUGAGUGCAAUAUAUACAAUAUGCAUAUGAUAUUUAUAAAUGUAAGAGUGUUUUAUAUUUAUGAUGUAAAGUAAAAAUUACAUACAGUCAAAGUA